AAGAGAUCAAGAUUCCAUGACUUUCUACGAUCUCUCAUCUCUGUCCUGAGCCUCCUUUGUUCUCAGUCGAUGCCGAUUUCUCUCUCCGAUGACUUCCUGGAUUCGUCGAUGGUGAGAAGUCGGUAACCUUCAAUGGCUCAUAUAUCUCCGUCGGGAUUCACGUCGUACCUUCUGUGUAUAUCGGUGGCUAUGUGGAAUUGUGACUUUCUUCAUCGCCUUCCUCUGGUUGCCUUGAGUUCUGGCUCUCAUCGUGGUUUUAUAUGUCGUUGAGAUCGUCUCCGCCAUUUCCAUGGCUGGGAGGGCAUCCUCUCUUACGUGUUGACGCCACGCCGCCACCUCUUUUUCAUACCGGAAGGAGAUAUCUGAGAAAUGCAAUGGUGGUUGUUUGUACGAAAGGAAAAGAUGGAACACUUUUUGAACUCUUCCAAAGUGGAGUUGUUUUGAAUUCUCUUAUCAGUUCGAGGUUGUGCAGACAUUGCUAUGCUGAAGCUCGACGAGCAGCAGUUUCUCGGCGAGACAACAUGUACAUUGUCUGAGAUUAUCACCAAAUCAAACAUGACCAUUACCUUAGAACUCAUGUGUAAAGAAGGUGUUACUGCACAGACCCAGCCACAAAACUAUGGAAAGCUGAUUAGUUAUGCUGAGGAGUCUCUAGCUUCCAAGACCACAACGGAGAUAGUUUUUAGGUGCUUGAAUUUGGAAUCAAUGGAUCAUUUCUCUAAAAGUGUAAGAGCUAUUAUAGUUUGUCCACUCUUUCACCAGAACUCACUUCAGACAUAAACAUACCAUGGGUUUUCUUGCUGUGGCAGGAUCCUUUUUAGUAAUAUUUAAAACCAAGUUUGAAGAAUGAUGCUAAUCUGGUAUGGAAACCAGUCUUUCUUAGUGUUCAGAGUAAGGUGAUUUGGGUGGCGUGUAUGGCGGGGAUUCAGAAACAGAGUGAUGUAUUAGUUAUUUGCAUAUCCAAAGUGGUAAACAGCUAUCAGUCUAUAGACACGUUAAGACUGCCGUUUCAUUGUAAACACCAAUCUUCAAUUCAUUUUACUUUUGUAUAAAGCUUUUAAAUACCAAAACUUACAAUGGUUGCCCAAACCAACCGUUUUACAUCA